AUGAUAAGCUUGAGUCUUUAACAAAGCAAAAAAUAAAAAUAUAAGUCUGUUAGUUCAGAUGAAAGAUAAAAAAUAAUCAAAAUGUUUUUGGAAAAUGCAUUUUCUGCUACCUAAGUAUUUUAAAUUUAUAAUUCAGAUAGCUCACCUUACAGGCCAUAAUUUGUCAACUAUAAAGGCGAUAUACAGAAUAUAUAAAAAUGAAGGCAGAAUAAAAAAAAAAGAAAGGAGAGAUAGGGAAAUCCAAAUAAGAUAAAAUGUGCUUGUUUUUGUAGUUGAUGAAAAGUAAAUGAUUGAUAAUAUAGUUAUAGAACCAAAAAAAUGAAUAUUAUAGCUAAAUAAUAAUUAUAGAAAGAUCUUAUUCUUAAGAACUUAGAGUAUCCUUAAGAAUCAUUUUAAAAUACAAUUAAUGAGACUUUUUAAAAUUCAGCCAAAGAUGUACUUCAGCAUUUGGAUAGUUUAUAAAAAAAAUAGUGCUUUAAUUCUAUAAUAAAAAAGGCAUAAAUAGAUGGUUUAGAAAUAAAAGAAUUUUAAGAGAUUUCUUAAUUCUCAAAUCAAGUUAACUAAAGCUUUAAGAUUUAAUCUUAAUAUUAAUAUUUUCGAAAUAUUUUCUCUCCGAAAGAAUAGUCAUAAAAGAAUGUUUAACUUUUCUAACCUCAGAAUUUUCAAUAAUAGCUAAAAAGUCUCUCUGAACUGAAAAAAAUUUUGGAGUUCUAAUUUAAAGAUUAUUUUAAAAAAUCCCAAUGA